ACCGAAACCGGAGCCAUGCAGGCCCCCCGCACCCCCGCCGCACAGAAGCGGCCCCGGCGCACCCCCCUGCAGGAGCUGCAGCUGCAGCCCAGCACCGAGCGAACCAGCCUCACCCCACUGCUGCGCCGCCUGCGCCUCAAGGAUGAUGACUGCGCCACCCCAGUGUCCUGUACCCGGGGGCCUCCCAGCCGCAUCACCCCACUGCCUUGUGCCCUGGGACCCCUCAGAAAUGCUCUCCUCCCCCCCAGCAGCACCGCCUCAAUGCCUUACACCCCAGGGCCCCCCAGUGACACCAUCUCAGAGCUUCCUGAGACUCCUACCCCUGGGAAUCCCACCCUAAAGCCUGGUGCUCCUGAGCUUCCCAGGAAUCCAACGCUGGGGUCUGAUGGCCUGGGGCUCCUCAGCAGCACCAUCCCAGAGCUCCCUGGGACUCCUGCCCUGGAGCACAACACCUCAGAGUCUGCCAGGGGUCCAACCCUGGUGUCCAGUGCUCCAGAAUCUCCCAGAGAUUCCUCCCUGGUAUUCAGUGCUUCAGAGUCCUCCAGGGAUCCCACCCUCAUGUUGAGUGCUCCAGAGACCCCCAGCAGCACCGCACUGGCCCCCCUGAACAGCCCUGUCCUAGAGUCCUACAGCCCAGAGCCCCCCAGCAGCACUGUGGCAAGCCCCAUCGUGGGGCCCAGCACCCCAGAGCCCCCCAGCAGCACUGUGCCAAGCUCCAUCGUGGGGCCCAGCACCCCAGAGCACCCCAGCAGCACUGUGCCAAGCCCCAUCAUGGGGCCCAGCACCCCAGAGCCCCCCAGCAGCACCGUGCCAAGCUCCAUCGUGGGGCCCAGCACCCCAGAGCCCCCCAGCAGCACUGUGCCAAGCUCCAUCGUGGGGCCCAGCACCCCAGAGUCCCCCAGCAGCACCGUGCCAAGCCCCAUUGUGGGGCCCAGCAGCCCAAAGCCCCCCAGCAGCACCGUGCCAAGCCCCAUCGUGGGGCCCAGCACCCCAGAGCCCCCCAGAAGCACCGUGCCAAGCCCCAUUGUGGGGCCCAGCAGCCCAAAGUCCCCCAGCAGCACUGUGCCAAGCCCCAUCGUGGGGCCCAGCAGCCCAGAGUCCCCCAGCAGUACCAUGCCAGCCCUCCUGUGUAGCUCCAUGCCAGGACUCAGCACCUCAGAGCCCCCGAAAAUCGCCGUGCCAGCUCCCCUGUGCAGCCCCAUCCCAGAGCCCAGCACUCUAGAGCCCCCCAGCAGCACUGUGCUGGUCCCCCUGUGUAGCUCCAUCUUGGGACUCAGCACCCCAGAGCCCCCUGGAAUCACCACAUCAGCCCUUCUGUGUAGCUCCAUCCCAGAGCCUGGUAUCCCAAAGCCCCCUGGAAUCACCACACCAGCCCCCCUGUGUAGCCCCAUCCCAGAGGCCAGCACGCUGGACCCCCCCAGCAGCACCAUGGCAGCCCCAAUGUGUAGCUCCAUCAUGGAGCCCAGCACCCCAGAAUCCCCCAGCAGCACCGUGCCAGCCCCCCAGUGCAGCCUCAUCCCAGGGUCCAGCACCCUGGAGGCUGCCGGAAUUGCUGUGCCAGUCCCUUUGUGCAGCUCCAUCCUGGGGCCCUGCCCUUCUGAACCCCGCAGCAGCACCGUGCCAACCCCGCCAUGCAGCCCUGUCCCAGGGUCCAGCAUCUCUGAGCCCUCUGGAAUGUCCACAUCAGCCCCCCUGUGCAGCCCUGUCCUGGGGUUCCGUACCCCAGAGGCCCCUGGCAGGACCAUACCAGGGCCUCCUGACAUCAUCAUUUCAGUGCCUGGCACCCCGAAUUCCCUGGGCAACACCCCUUUUGCCCCCUGCACCCCUGGCCUCCCUGGCACCAGCUCCACCCCGCAGGAAGCUCCCUUCCAUGGGUGGCGAGCAGUGCCCAUCGACCUCUCCUGCAGCCCCGUGGCCACCGAGCCCUCAGCUGGAGUUGGGAGUGUGAGUCCCUCACCUUGUCAAGACACCCCUGAGGGGACCGAGACCCCAGCCCCUGACCCCCUAGAGCAGCGUCCCCCCAGCUCCCCUCCAACCAGGGCAAGCAGGUCAGAGCAUGCAGAGUCAGAAGUGGCGGCCACCCCUGUCCCAUUGCCUGGGGUGGCCCUGGGUGCCGUGUCCUGGAUGUUGCCACUGAUGUGGCUGGAGAAGAGCCUCAACACCUCCUCCCUGCUGGAUUCCCUGCGUCACAGCCUGCCCUUGCCUAUGACCAGCGUCACCCCCGUGGCCACGGCGGCCGCGGGCACCAGCGUCACCCCCGUGGCCACGGCGGCCGCGGGCACCAGCGUCACCCCCGUGGCCACGGCGGCCGCGGGCACCAGCGUCACCCCCGUGGCCACGGCGGCCGCGGGCACCAGCGUCACCCCCGUGGCCACGGCGGCCGCGGGCACCAGCGUCAGCCCCAUGGCCACAGCAUCUGCAGGCACCAGCGUCACCCCCGUGGCCACGGCGGCCGUGGGCACCAGCGUCACUCCCGUGGCCACAGCAUCUGCGGGUACCAGCGUCACCCCCGUGGCCACCAUGGUCACUGGCACAUUCAUGACACCACGGGACCUGCGGGAGAUGAGCAUGAACAUCUCCUCGGAUGGCCGCCCCUUUGCCAAGGACAUUGCUGCCGAAACGGACUCCCUGCUCUGGCACUGUCCUCGGGAGCAGCUGAAGUCCCUGCCACGGGCAGAGCUGGAGGCACGGCUGGAGAGCACCCUCAUCAUCAUCGAAGCGCUCUCGCUCCAGCUGCGCGGCUGGCAGGAGAGCCAGCGGCUGCUGCCCGGCGUGGGGCCGGCUGAGCAGAGGGAUGCGCUCACGCAGACAGACAUCACCCACCCCAAAGGGGAGGAAGAGAUCUACCACAACCUCUACCUUGAGCUGCGGAGGAAAACAGAGGCUCUGCAGCGGCAGCGAGGAGCAGAGCAGGACCUGCAGCGGGAGCUGGAGCUGGCUGCUGCGGGGACGGACGCCUGGAGCAGGCAGUGCCUCCUAUUUCGGGGCCUCGUGGAUGCUGCAUUUCAGAGCUUGCAGGAGGAGCAGGGAGCCCUUGACCAGGAGCAGGCGCAGGCGAAGGCCUUGGUGUCACGGUGCCGGGCCGUGCUGGCGAGCGUGCCCGGCAAGCUACGGAGCUGCCUGGAGGAGCGGGAUGCCAUGAGGCAGCGAGCAGAUGAAGCCCACCAAGCCAAGGAAGAGAGCGAUCGCUUCCUGGAGGCCUUCCGUGUGCACGCCAGUGCCCAGAUCUGUGCCCGUGACCAGAGCCUGGCCUCCCAGCGAGAGCUGGCCGUGCUACUGGUGGAUGCCAUCAACCAGCAGGCAACCCUGGCUGCUGAGGCUCAGCCCUUCAGGGAGUUCAUAGAUGUCACCUUUGAAAAACUGGAGGAGGAAAGGAGAGCCCUGGAUGCAGAGAGGGAGCAGGUGAGGGCCCUGGUGUCGCGGUGCCGGAAUGUCCUGGAGAGCGUGCCUGGCAAGCUGCAGAGCUGCCUGGAGGAGCGGGAUGCCAUGAGGGAGCGAGCAGACCAAGUUCUUCAAGCCAAGGAGAAGAUGUCCUGCCAGCUGGAGGAGGCCUCGGUGGCCCUGCAGGAUGCAGAGUCUCAGCUGGAGCAGCUGACGGUAGCCAACUCACGCCUCAGCACAGAUCUGAGCUCUCUGAUGACGAAUCUGGCCAGUGUGGAGCAGGAGCGGGAUGCGCUGCAGCAGGAAAACAAGCAGCAGUGUGAGGAGAUGGCUCGGCUGGUGUGGGAGAGGGAUUCCCUGCAGCGAGAGUGCAAAGGGCUGUGCCAGGAGCUGCGGGAGGCAACCGAGUGCCGAGAGUUCCUUGACCAGGAGAACCGUAUGUGCCGCACGCAGCUGCUGGAGGUGGAGGCCAAGCUCAAGUCCACGCAGGCCACCCUACAGGAGCUCAGCCUGCAGCACGAGGAGCUGAUGGACUCCCACCAGCGCCUGCGGGAAGAGCAGGCUGCCCUCAGCCAGGAGCUGGAGAGCACCAAGGCUGAGCUCCAGAAUUUACAGCUCAAGAGGGACAAAGUCUCCUGGUGCUUUUCGGACAUUGCUGAAAGCAAGAUGCGGCUGCAAGAGCUUGCGGAUUGUCUCAGGGCUGCUCUACAAGAGGAGGAUGAUGAUGCCCCAUCAAGAAGCAGAACCUGGACCCCAGCUCCGCGGACGCCAGGCUGGCGGACACCCUGCUGGCAGACACCUCGCCGUGUCUGGACCCCCGCCUGCCGCACACCGGCAUCCCGCACCCCGUACCAUGCUGGGAGCUCCUUUGUGGGCAGCGUCCUGAAAGCGGUGUCAAGGAAAGAUGCUGAUGAUGCUGUCAGAGUUGGGAGUGCAUUUACCAAGGACAAACCUGUCUCUGCGCCAAAGCCAACAGAACCCGAGGAAGGUCUGCUGGAGAGCGUGAAGGAGCUGCGAGCUGUGGUCUCUGACCUCUCCAUGCUGAGCACCCGCAUCCAGGAGCUGGAGCAGAGCGAGUUCAAGGCGCUGCAGACAGAGAUCUCUGACCUGCAGCUCCAGCUGGAGACUGUGACCACCGAGAGUCAGGAGAAGAUUGAUGCCCAGGCUGCCAACAUCGCCAAGCUGAACAAGGCAUUGAGGGCCAAGCAAGAGAAUGAGAAGGAGCUGCAGAAUGUGUUGAAACAGCAGGAAGAGAAGAUGCUGCAACUCAUCGACAAGAGUGGGGAAGUCACGAGGCUGAAGGGAGAGAUGUCCCAGCUGAAACGCUCACUGCAGCGUGCGGAGACAGAAGCCAAGGUGCUGUGGGAGGAAAUGCGAGGGCAGCAGCCCAAGGUGGAUGCUGCCUAUGUUCAGGAGCGCGUCCUGCUGCGGCAGGAGGUGGACAAACUGCGGUUGCUGCUCCUAGAGAAAGAGGAUGAGAAUCUUCUGCUCUCUGAUAAAUACCUGGAGCAGGUCCGAGAGCUGGAGCUGAGGCUCUGUCACGCCCAGAAGAUGCUGAGGACCCAUGAGGAGAUGCAGGAGAAGAUGAAAGAGGUCCUGUCAGCGGUCCCUGACGUGGCAGUGGUCUGCCAGGAGUUCCCCAGCCUGCUGCGGUACUUGAGCCUGAAGCCGGGCACCAAGGAAGCUGCUGAGCCGCUGCAGCCUGUAGCAUGAAACCUUCCUGUU